ACUAAAGAAAAAUAUAUUGAUAUGGAGAACCAAGUUAUGUCUUCUGCAAGCUCUUCCCUGGCCCAACUCGAAAAAUGCAAUGACAUUAACGUGGCUGUGGAGGAGUCCAAGGAGACGGCAACGGAGAACAACAAUCCGGGACUAGGGUCUGAUUCUCAGGAAGUUGUGACUGAAAGGAGGAGUGAGAACCCUAGUCUCGGAUCUGGUGCUGUCCCAACAGGAAACGGCUUCAUUUGUCGCUUUUGCAAUAAGCGGUGCUCAUCCUCUCAAAGCCUAGGUGGUCACAUGAACUCGCACACGAGGGAGCUACAGUGGGAAAGGAAGCAGAAGGAGAUGGAACAACAGUUCCAUCGUCAGUGGAUAUUAAGUCAAUAUUCACAAGGUGCUUUAUCAAAUGAUAAUAAUCUUGGGAACACUUCUGAACCUUUCAAACGCAUAUGUACCGGCCUUUAUCCAUCUUUCAAUAGCGGACUCAUGGACAUGAAUAUGACCGUAGUUCCUCGCAUGGCUCCUACUGGUUUCUUCUCAGGGAACACUUUCACUAACGGUUCCUUUUCAGGGGGACUUGAGCCAAUACCCUCCUACAACAACUAUCCCCCGAUGCUCCCUAGAAACGUUCCUCCUUUUCCUCCACAUAGGACUACCAAUCUUCCUAGCUAUUGGUAUCCGCAAGAGAAUGUAUUGAACGAGGAGGAUGUCAUCUUAAAGCUAGGAAAUGACAAUAUUGUGGAGAUUGAUGAUGAUGAUGAUGCUGAUGCUGAUGCUGUUGAUCAGCCAGAAGAAGGGACAUCUAAGAGCUGGGGCGCUGAUCUAUCCCUUUAA